UGUCUGAUUGGUGAUCCCGCAAAAAACCAAGUCGCCAUGAAUCCUAAUAAUACUGUUUUUGGCGCCAAACGUCUUAUUGGUCGUAGAUUUACUGAUCCUGAAGUACAGUCGGAUAUGAAG